AUGGCAAGGGGCGCGCGAACGGCAAGCUUUGCUGUGGCUGCGGCAUGGUGCUUGCUGGCAAGGCAUGGCGCCAGUUUGGCUGACAACGUCCAAGUUGUCACGAAGGAGGCAUGUCCAGGCGGAAAUCUUGCAUUAUCGCUGCCGGUUGGACAGAGUAGUCUGACGUUCAAGUGCGGAGAAGGCGUUUCUACACUAGAUCCUGCCAGCGAGCUUGAUGUGUACAAGGAAGGAGCACAGAAACCGGAAAAAACACAACUAACUGCAGUGAUCAAUGGGGCAACUCUCAGUCCCAGCGAUUCUGACAGAGGGCACACUCUCAAGGUUUCUGACGAGAUCAGACCGAAGAACGACACCAAGCUAAUCUACUACUGUUGGGAUAAAACGAACCCUUCAGAUACGGAUAGACUCCGUACCCAAGAAGCGCUGCCUCCGGAGACGCCUGCCGACUACUGCAAGGUCACAAUCACAGUCUGGGGAACAUCCACGCCGGAAAAACCUCAGCAGAUCCCUCCACGUCCCCCUGAAAAUGGAGAUGAAACUCCCGUUGAGGGUGCGAAGGACGUGUACACGUGCUCCGCAGGCAAAGUCACUGACAUUACCGUUUCGGAACCCAAUGCAGAAGUGAAGAUGAAAUGCACCAACAAAGGCACUUUCAAGCCCAAGAAGACAACGGAUGCAUUCGACGGCGCAUGCCAGAGUGUCAACGCUUUGAGCAGCCUUGUUCCGGGUGCCACCAGGAAGGACGAGGGCGGCAUUUAUACUCUCACCAUUCCCAGCCUUCCGGACGAACCUGAGGCGAAAGAGCUCUGCUACCUUUGCGAGCCGGUGGAAGCUGGCGAAGCCCAGAGUGCUGGACAGGGAUGCCAAUUCCAAAUCAGGUUUAACGGAGCAGCAGCCGAGUCGGGCGUGGCUCAGGACGGCAGACGUCGCACUCUGGAUCUCUUCAUCAUUGUGUUAUGGGAAGUGGGGCUAGCUAAGGAUUUCAGUAUCUCGUUUUUCUCUCGCAGAGUGCCUGCAUAG